AUGAAGGAUGUCUCCUUCCAGGAGUUUGCUCUGCGCGUCCGCCAGAGUCAACACAAACAGGCCCAACGCAGGAAGCUGGAGCGGCGUCUCCAGGCCUCCAAGGUCGCCCUCGGCCUUGCUUCUCGGCUGGUCCGUGUCGGGGCCGCUGUUCAGCGUGGUCUGGUCGAGAGUUUGAAGCACGAGGAUAAAUUGGCCUUUGUCGCGAGCCAUGCGGCCCUGUUGGACCUCCAGGAAGCCUGCCACGAGGCCUUUUCUUCAUCAUCAACAUCAUCAUCAUCAUCAUCAUCAUCAUCAUCAUCAUCAUCAUCAUCAUCAUCAUCAUCAUCAUCAUCUCCUUCUUCUAAUGCAUCCAUGUCCACGGUCCCGUCUGGAUUCUUUCACCAUCUGAGCCCGCAGUCUCGAGCAGAUCUGCUCCAGAUCGUCCGUCUGGCCCGUUCCGACCCCAACUUUUUGUUUGAGCGCCUGUGCAGUCUGUCCCAGGCCCAGCUGACUGCCCUCGUUGCCCCCUCCUCUGCUCUGGAAGCCGGGGAUCCGAACCCGAAAACCGCAGCGGGUGCGGCGACGGCCGCGGCUUCUUCUUCGUCGUUGUCGUCGUUGUCGUCGCUGUCGUCGUCGCUGUCAUCCCGUCUCCGCAACGGUCCCUUGUUUUCGUCUUCCUCACUGGCCAAAUCACGCCCGGCGGCUGCCGCUGCUUCUGCUUCUAUUACUACCUGCUCCAACACCUUCAAGGAUUGGGCCCUGGCCUUUGAGCGGACCGACCCCCUGUCCACUUUGCUCUUCAAUGUCUUUGCCGCCCCGCUGGAUGCCCAUGGCCCGGAGGCCCACCGCCGCCUGCAGCUUUGGUCCUCCGUCUGUGCCAAGCUGCUCUCCCACGGCGGUAGUAAGUUCUAUCCUUUGGUCGGCCAUAUCCUCUCCGCCUGGGCCAUUCGCAGCGACUGGAAAGCCAAGCCCCGCUUCGAGCUCUACCUCAUGGACAUCUUGCAGCGUGGCGCCUUCUUGCUCGAGCCCGUCGCCGCGCCCCCGGCGGGCUCGGCGUUUGGCGCCAACUCCGCUGACCCUAUAGAUCCCCUGCGCACCGGCGUCGCCGAGGAAUUCUUCGUCUCCGCUGUCGAUGGCCUUUUCGACCUCCUCGAUGACCCGGACGGAGGCUUCCCCCAGGCGAUCCGUGAAUUCGCCAGCGCCGUCUACGCCAAGCUCGACCAUCCAGAGUUUCGUGACCGCUUUCUUGACUAUCUCUUUGUCCAGUGGUUUUUCUCCAAGUUCCUCUAUGGCGCCCUUACCUAUCCCGAGACUCAUGGUUUGUUGCUGGACUUUCAUAUCAGCAAAGAUGCCCGCGAGAAGCUCCUAGGUCAAGUCGGACUGCAGGCCUACUCACAGGUUUUUGGUGUCCUCCGCUCCAUGCCUCGCUUCCCCAUGCCUCGCCCUAGUGUCCGCCAGCAUGUCAGGAAUAUGCUCUCCCGCUUUAGGACCCCGCCCAUCAACAAUCCCUCCGGCGAUAGUCUGUCGGACUCGCCCGCAGCUUUUGUCAUGUUGUCUGCCACCGACGCCCUGACCCUGCUCGAUGCCCUGUUUCCCCGAGCUCCAUCCCCGGUAUACAGCCCCCAGUCUCCUGUUCUCGGGGCCUCGCCUCUGUCUUCAUUCAAUCCAUUCCAGUCCUCCUUUGAUCCCCAGUCUCCACCCGCCACGCAACCGGGAUUCUUCCGCCCUCGCAUGGACGGCUUCUUCAGUCCGACUUCCCGUGGUAGUCCCGUCUUUGCCCCAGAGAACUUGCUGGCCCGCACCGCAGACCGCAUCCGGUUCGAAUUAUCCGACAUGGGCGAGCCCCAUGAUCGACCCAGCCUGGAUCACCCCUGCUCCGAGGAUUGGGCCAUCUUUUCCGUUGUUGAACACGGGUCCCGUCUUGUCUGGGGUCUCGAAGACAAUUACGAGGCCCUGCAGACCGCGAUUGUGAAACUGGUCGAAGAGACUGAUCCCCGAACCACGCCGCCCACCCUGUCGCUGAAGCAACGAUUCGAACGGGCCAUGUCCGACUGUACCCAGCGGUCCGAUUUCAUGGGGGCGCAUUAUUGGUGGAACGCCUCGCGGCAGCUCCUCCAGGGGAUGAACCAGGCUGCGCAUGACUCGUGGGUUCUCGAUCCCAUGUACGCCUCGUGCACGCGUGCCCUGCACACAUCCCGCUCAGUAAUUGAGCGCUGCGAGGAUGACUUCACCACCCUUGACCGUAACAUGAAUGAGCUGCAGCAGUCAGUCAAGGCCUUGAUGGCUACGAUCACCAAGCUGCGUACCAAGAUGUGGUACAUGACCGAUGUCAAGAACUCCAUGCGCUAUGAGGAAGCCCGCCAUGUCGCCCUAGCGCUCAAGACUAUGAUCUCCUCGGCGCGCCUUGCUGGACCACCAACGUCGUCCGAUGAGCCUCAUCGUGCUCGUUACGGAACCCGGCCCCUGGCAGGCUCUCUACUGCAGAAGCCCGAGCUGCAGGUCAUGAACGUUAUGAAAGCCCCGCAUAGCCAGGGCGGUGCGCACAAGCUGUCGGAUGAGCAGGUUGACCUGACGCGCAAAUGGCUGGCACACAAUGGUAUUGAUAACUUCUGCAAGGGCGAGGAGCGCAUCCACCGCUUCUGCUAUGAGGUCCGUACCAGCAUCCACCGCCUUGUCGGUGAGACCAUGGCCGAGACCCCCGUGCUGUGGGCCAGCGAACUCUUCCAAAAGGAACGGGCCCGCUAUGAGGGCUACGCCAACCGGAACUUCCUUGCCCCCGUCUCUUCCUCCUCCGCCUCUUCAUUCUCCUCUAGCACGGCUAGCAUCAGCGGCAGCGGCGGCGGCGGCAGCAGCAGCAGCAGCAGCAUCCGGACCACUGGAAGAGAUGACCUGAUCGCAUCACCCCCGCCGGGAUUCUCCACUUUGCUGCCGUCCUCCUUUCGGAUACCGUCGGAGAAAUCUUUCCCCUAUGUCCGCCCCUCUGCCUCCCACGAUGCACCUCCGCCGUCCGUUACACGCAAACCGUCCUUCCAGAGUCUACACUCGGAUCGGUGGAGAUCACCGCCGCCUCCGGUCUCAGUCUUGACAACAGCCACGGACGCUUCCUCCAUCGGCGACUCCCCCGGUCGGGCGGCGUCCACUGCCACGGGAGACUCAUGCAGCACGUUUUGGUCUGCACCCCACCACCACACGCAGUACGCAACCAGCGCCUCGAGCAUCUACUCGCGGCCACCAUCCAUGAUCAGUGAGACGGUCGCGACCACCCAACCGCGCCGUGUCUUUGAACGCAAGACACACGGCAAGGUGGCGUUUCUAGAGGACCUGCGGCAGGCGCUGGCAAGCUUGCUGCUGAGCGAUCUCGGCUCUCCUGUCUGGAGCUGCGGCAGCGAGACGGACGCCUGGUUUUCUGAUUUUUUGGUCGAGGAGCGUAUCCAGGUGCAGAUGGAGAAGCGCGCCCGCAUCCAGCGAUUCUAUACGGAGUAUGAGGAACGACUACGGUCUCGUCAGAACAGCCAACACCACCACCACCGCCGCCACCACUCUCUGCUUCGGCGGCGGAGCCAUUCGCUCGGCCCCGACCCGUGUAACCCGCAACCAUCUCACAAGACUCUCUCUAAUGCCGAGAGGGAUGAUGAUGGUGACCUUCAUUCUGAUCCUGUUGACGAGAUGAUCCCUCCUUUCUCAUAUCAACCGAUCUUCCGACGCUUGAUCGAGGUGUUCUCCCGCCAUGCCAACCCUUAUGUCAAACUGGAUGCGCUACGCGAUCUGAGAGUAUUAGUUAUUGCCUCGUUGAACUCGUCUUCUUCCUCUUCAAUCAAUCGUGUGACCGGGGCUCGGAGCUCCGGAGCCACGCAAGUGAGUCGAAGGCAGACCGCACGGUACAGCUUUUCCGAGACCCAGCUCGGCAGCGGCGAGAGCACCCAUCAUUUCCCUAUUGUGCAGGGGUCCGGGUCCCCCGCAACGGAAUCUGUGGUGUUCGAGUCGCACCCGUCCGAGUUUUCCCCGCCCACCGAGGACCGGAUCGUGGAGACACUGCGCGCGCUGAUCCUGGAGAUCAAGCCCAAGACUCUGUUCCGCGAUCUGCAGUUUAUAUCAGCAUUUGUGUCGAGUGAUGUGCUGAACAAGACGGACAGCGGCACGGCGUUCCUGCAGUUCGGCCUGGCCGCACUGAGCUUAAAGGAGGAAGUGUGUAACAGUAUGGUGGAGAUUGCCGAUCGGAUUCUCUCCCAGGAGCUCACGCGACGGCCCCAAGGCCUCUCGGCACCACCACCACCACGGCCACCAUCAUCAUCGUCAUCAUCAUCGGAGCAGUGGCCGCCCACGCCCACGCCCACGUUUACGCACCUGCCCGGGCCGGAUCUGGUGAUCCGGGAUGCGGCGAAAAUGUGGAUCAUCACAGCGAAAGAAGGAAACCCAGUCGCCCAGCGCGAACUGGCCAUCCUCUACCUCACGCACCCGGACCUCCUGCCGCGGGUGACACUGCCGCUGACGCUGCCGCGCGACACCUUCAAGGCAGAGAUGAUGUAUCACCGCGACAAGGACUCCCGAUCGGAUCCAUGCAUCAUGUGUCUGGCGCUGCACUGGAUGCAGCUGUCGGCCAGCGGGGGGGACGAACUUGCCAUGAACCGCCUGCGCGAGCGCGAGGAGUUUGACUCGAUUGCUUAA